AUGAAUGAUGACAUAAGAAGUUAUUUAGAUGAUUUGAAUGGAAUAGAUAAUAUAUUGAAUGAAGAAAUAGAAAAAGAAAAAAAAUUAAAGGAAAAAAGAAAAUUUGACAUUUAUGAUGAAUAUGAAUUACUGUUAAAUAAAAAAAAAAAAAAAAAUAUAAAUUUAGAUAAAAGUAACAAUAAUACAACUAUUAAUGGAGAUAAAGUAGCACCAAAUUCUUUUAAUAAUAUUAUCGACAAUAGAACAUUUCAUAACAAUUAUAUUUUUAAUGACUAUGAAUUUUUAAAAGAAUAUGUUUACAAAAAUAAUUUAGUAAGUGAUGAUAUAUUUUUUAAAAAAGAAGAAAUAAAUAUAAAAGAAAUAAAAGAAAAAAAAAAGUUGUUAGAUAGCAGUGAGGAUAUAAAUGAUUUCAUCAAAAUUUACGAUUCUAAUAAUUUAUAUCCACCUAUGUAUGUGAAAAAAGAAAAUGAAAAAGAAAGAGAGGAAGAAAAGAGAAAAGAAAAUUUAGAAAAUGAACAUGGAGUAAAUUGUAAAAAUUUUUUAAAAAAAAAUAAAAAAGAGUUCAGAAAUUUGAUGGAAAAAUUAUUAUUAGAAAUUAAAGAGGAAGAUAAAAUAAUAAAUGAAAAAAAAAAAAUAGAAAAAAUUAAAAAGGAAUCAAUCGAAUCUGAAAAAAAAAAGGAAUUAAAAAUAAAUUUCGAUGAAUCAGAAAAUAUAAAUCUAUCUAUGAAACAUGAUACUAUUGCAUAUGACUUGAAUAUAAAAAAAGAAAAUAUAACAAAUAAAAAUAAGAUAAAUUUUGUAGAAAAAUAUAGGGCCAAAUAUUUUUCUGAAUUAUUAACGGAUGAAUCUAUUAAUAGAGAAGUUUUAUUAUGGUUAAAGCAAUGGACUGAUAGAAUAAAAAAAGAAAAAAAAAUACACCAAAAUCAAAAUAAUGAAGAAAAAGUAGAAUAUGAAAAUAAUGAUUUCCAAAGAAUAUUAUUAUUAGGUGGAUCAUCAGGAAAAGGAAAAACAACAUUAGCAUAUGUUAUUGCAAAUCAUUUUAAGUUUAACGUUAUAGAAAUAAAUGGAAGUGAUGAUAGAAAUAAAGAGACAUUAAUCCCAUUUAUUGAAUCAGUAGUAUGUAUAAAUUCUAUUGGUACAAAGCCUAAUUUAUGUAUUAUAGAUGAAAUUGAUGGAUUAUCUAGUACAUAUCAAAAUAUUGAAGGUAUAAUGAAAUUUCUUAAUAAAAAAGAUAAAAAAAAUAGAAGUAUUAUUAAAAGACCAAUUAUAUGUAUAUGUAAUGACAUAUAUCAUAAAAGUUUGAAAGAAUUAAGAAAAAUUUGUAAGGUGGUUAUUGUAGAGAAUGUAAAUAUAGAAAUGUUAAAAACUAGAAUAAAUUAUAUUUGUGAUAAGGAAAAUAUAAAAAUAAGCAAUGAAACUAUUAAUAAAUUAAUAGAAAUAUAUAAGAGUGAUGUUAGAGCUAUUUUAAAUACUAUAUAUUUUCUAAGUAUAGGUGCACAAAACCCUACUAACUAUUUAAACUAUUCAACAAAUGAUGAUAAGAAUGAAAACGGAGAUAAAUUAUUUAACAAUAAUAUGAAUUCAACAAAUAAAUGGAGUAAGCUAGAGCAUGAAGAUAUAAGUAAACAAGAUAGUAGUAAUAAAAAAAAAAAAAAAAGUGAGAAUGAAAUAAUCAUAAAUUUAGAUUUAUUAAAUUCCUAUUUAUUUUAUAAAGAUGCAAACAAUAAUUAUAUUGAAUUAUUAAAUAUGAUUUAUGUAAAAAAUAAAAAUAAAAAAAUAAUAAGCAAAUUAUUAAAAGAGUGCCAUAGUUUUUUUUAUAUUAAUUUAGCAAAUGAGUAUAAUUAUUUACAAACUUAUUAUUAUAUAUAUGAUAAUUUAUUAAAUAUUCCUUUUAAUGAUUUUGAAUUUUGUAAGUUAAGUUAUUGUUUAGAUUUCUUAUCUUUUUGUGAUAACAUAGAGUAUAAGCAGAAACAAGCAUUAAAUUAUUCUUUACAAAAAACUCUUUAUUAUGUCGUAUAUUUAUUUAUAAUAACUAUACAUUUAAAUACGAAUUCUCAUAUUCAAUAUGUAUUAAUAAAUAACAGUCACAGUAAUUAUUUUCGUAAAAAGCAAAUUGACAUUAAAAAAAUGAAAGACAAUUUUAUAAAUGAAAAAUAUGGAGUUAUAACAUAUAAGUAUGUAUAUUCAAAAAAUUUUUUCUUUGAAACAAUAAAUUAUUUAUUUUCUUUCUUUUAUAUGAAUGAAUUUUUUUUUAAAAAUGUACAUUUAUGGGGAAAGCAAACUUACUAUAGAGAAUUAGAUUUACCUAAAUAUAUCUUAGUUCCAUAUGAAUAUAAAGAAGUAAAUAAAUUUCAAGUUUUUUGUUUAAAAAUUUUAUAUAUAAUGACACUAUUCAAUAUUUCGUUUACAAAUAUAUCUGUUUCUACGUUCUCUAAUUCUCAUACUAAUAGUUUUUCAUAUAAAAAUUAUAGAAAUAACACAAACCAACAAAAUAAUGAAAAAACUAGCAAUGUUCUUAAUUCUCAAGUAGAAAAAUCUUAUGUAUUUGAUCCAUUUGUUGAUGAUUUCCUAAUUUUUGCUGAUAAAAAAUCAAAUAUAUUUCCUAUGUUUCAUAAUAUGAAUAAAAAUACACAAAUUAAUUUAAUUAGCAGUACCUUCAAAUUUAAGACAAAAAAUAAUUUUUUAAAUACAAAUGUAUGUGAAAGUUUGAAUGAGUUAAAAAAGUGGAUAAAUAAUAAUUCAAUUAAUUUCAACGAAAAAAACAAUUUAAAUCAAAUGCAAAUUAUUAAGGCAUCUAAAAAGAAUAACAGUAAAAAGUCUGCUUUCGAAGUUAAUUAUAUAUCAAAUUUUGAGAUAUCUUUAAGUGAUAUGAUUUUAAUUGCAAAUCAAAACGGCUAUAAAAAAACUUUUCAAAAAUAUUUUGAAAAUAUAGACACAAAGAAAAAUGAUGAAAUAAAAUUAGUAAAAGAAGAAAAUGUAAAAAUGGGACAAAAUAUAUUAAAAACAAAAAUCCUUUGUAAUAAUCAAAAUAAUAUUUUUACUUUAUCUGAAUUAAUAGUUGAAGAAAAAGAAUAUAUGAAUAAAAUUAUAAAUAAAGAAAAAAAAAUUUAUUUUUCAGGUAAAUAUGUUAAAACGAAAGGUUAUUACAAAAAUAUAGAAGAGCGCUGUAAUGCCGUUUUACAGCCAUUAAAUUUUUGUGUUUUUAUGAAAUAA